AUGGGGGUUGUGCAAAGAAAACUAUACCGAUUGCAGGGUAGAGUACGGACUGAGGAGGGUGAUAAAUCGGGGUUUCUUACGAAUAUCAGUGGCGUAGAGAUUCCUCCGGAAGUGGUGCAGUUGCUCCAGUUAGGGCCCAAAUUUUCUCUUCCCCUUUGUGGACUCCCGCUUCUCCAUCUCAUUGCCGACAUAGAAGAGGUGGUGGGUAGUGCUGAGUGUGUGGGGAGAAGGGAUGUCCUGCGGGCUGAUCUGGUAAAUAUUCUACAAAAUGCCAUUCACGGUACUUCUCCAGCUGAUCCAUUCGAAAGAAGACUUCGUGAAUGGAUGAAGAAAACGGCUGAAUUUGGCCGGGAACAGGGGAGUGGCUUGGCAAUCCUGCAAUCCGACAAGGGUAAUAGAACUGUGAUCAUGAGCAGGACUGAGUACGAUGAAAAAAUGAGAGUAUUAGUACAGGACGCUAGCACCUAUGAAGAAAUUAGCAGGGAUCCAACUUCAAGAUUCCAAUUGAGAAAUAAUGAUCUGGUGAGAGCUGUGUAUAAUAAGGAGAAGAUAAAUAGUUAUCAAAAAUCACAAUUAACUACUUACAAGGCAAUUGCCCCUCGGAUUUAUGGUCUCCCAAAGGUCCAUAAACCAGGAGUACCGCUGAGACCUGUCGUUUCCUAUAUAGGAAGCCCUAAUUAUGCUCUCGCCAAGUUUGUGGCCUCCCUGCUCUCACCCCUAACGGAUAGUCCAUAUAAUGUAAAGAAUUCCCUGGAGGUUUCACGUUUUGUUACGGGGCAGGUCCUGCCUGAGGGAUACAUCGUGGUGAGUUUGGACGUUGUCUCCUUGUUCACAAAUGUCCCCAUUGACUUGGUUAUGAGCGAGAUUGAGGUACGAUUCCACGAAAUAGAACCCCACACGCCAUUAGAAAAAUCAGAGGUGCUGCAACUCGCGGAAUUUUGCCUGAGAUCAGGGUAUUUUACCUAUGCAGGCCCAAUCGCGGCGGACAUAGCAAUGCAAAAGGCACUGAACACGAUAUUGGAGGACCCUCCGUUUCGCAUAGGUUUCGUGAGAAAGUAUGUGGAUGACCUCCUGGUGUCGGUGCAUGUGGAUGAUGUGGGCCCUCUGAUGUCACAAUUUAAUGCUUUUCACCCUAAAAUUCAAUUUACGGUGGAGAAGGAAUGUGAGGGUGUCCUGCCCUACCUUGACUUAACAAUACAUAGAGAUGCGACAAAUACCCUUAGCACUGUCUGGUAUUGCAAGCCAAAUUCCUCCCAAAGGAUGCUAAACUAUUAUAGUGCACAUCCACAAAGCACCAUCAUCAAUGUGGGGAGGAACCUCAUAGGCAGGGCACGUUUAGUCACCACGAAAUCUGGAGUAAAUUUGGAUCCCGUCAUGAGAGAUAUUCUCAAGAGAAAUGAUUUUCCUGAGAGAAUUAUUAGGAGACUACUCAAGGAGUCCUCACCACAAUCGGGUAGAUCAUCCCCGGCUCAGAUCCUACAGUCUGAGAGAUUCUUCACUCUCACCUACAUCAAAGGCAUUUCUGAGCGCAUGAAGACGAGGAUCUCGAGGACUACUGGAGCCAAAGUGGCCUUCAAACCAGCUAAGAAAGUGAAGGAAUACUUCACCAAGGUGAAAGACCCAGUUCCUAAGCUCCAGAGAUCGGAUGUGGUCUAUUCAGUGCCUUGUGGAGAUUGUGGACGUAGCUACAUUGGGACUACGGGACAGCUCCUGCACAAAAGAAUGCAACAACAUAAAAAUGAUACGAAACCACCAAUAAGAAAUACCAAUGCAACUUCACUGUGCGUUGAGCCCAAUAAGGUGUGUGUGGCUUUCUCUUCUGUCGCGUCUGAUGCUUGUGGGCAUGACGAUGAUCUGCAGAUCUAUUGCUUCGGUGAUCCUAUUGCACCUGAUGCAUGCUUUAGUCAAGCGAAUGAGAUACUUCAUCUGAUCUCUCAGUGGGCUGUGAAUAAUGAUCUUCUUCUCAAUCCGGGUAAAUCUCAAGCUUUGCUAAUCACAAGUGGGAGACACCGUCCUGAUCCACUUCCUCUUUACCUCAAUGCCGGAUGGCUUUGGACAUUCAAAAUUAAUCCCUUUGUCACCCUCACGUACGCCACAGAUCAUCCCCCAGUUAUACCACACACACUCACACACUACAAACACCCUCAGCAGACCUUAGGCGCACAUUCAUCGCUCUCAAGCAUCGUGGCUAAUGCAAAUAUCAAUGCCAGUGCCCAGAGUAGAGCAGCUUACAAGGGGCAGCUGACUGUCUUGAAGCGACAACUGGAGAAAUACAUCGAUGAUCCAGAGGAGAUGGAGUCUGAGAAUGCUCUAUCGGACUUGUUGACAUUCAAGGACAGGAAUUGA